CCCCAUCCCACCGCGGCGAGGAGAUCCAUUCCCGCCGCCGCCGUUGCCCCCGCCCCCUUCUCCCCGAUUCAGACCACAUCCUCCCUCCAUAGCUCGCCGCCGGGCCUCCUCCUCCCCUCCUCGCAGAUCCAGAGCACAAAUCCAAACAGCACACCAUUCGCCCAUUGGCUUCCCCCCUCCCUUCCCCUCACGCGCGCGACCUCGUCGUUGUCGUCGGCUCGGAGAUCUCGCCUUCCCGCCGGCAGCAGCCAUGGACGCCGUCGACUCCGUGGUGGACCCCCUCCGCGAGUUCGCCAAGGACAGCAUCCGCCUCGUCAAGAGCUGCCACAAGCCCGACCGCAAGGAGUUCACCAAGGUGGCGGCGCGGAUGGUGAUCGGGUUCAUCGUCAUGGGGUUCAUCGGCUUCUUCGUCAAGCUCAUCUUCAUCCCCAUCAACAACAUCAUCGUCGGCUCCGGCUAG